UCCCAAGCAAUGAUCGCAGGCCCGCAUCUCUUCCUCUCCGGCCAGAUUCCUGCGGAUAAGGAGGGAAAUCUAGUGGAGGGCAGCAUUGCGAAUAAGACGGAGGCGUGCAUUAAGAAUGUGCUGGCGAUUUUAGAGGAGGCGGGGAGUAGUAUUGAAAAGGUCUUCAAGGUCACGGUCUUCCUUGAUGACAUGGCCAACUUCGCCGAGAUGAACAGUGUGUAUGAGAAGUACUUCGCACAUAAGCCGGCGAGGAGCUGUGUUGCGGUCAAGCAGCUGCCGAAGGGGGUGCCGGUCGAGAUUGAGACUAUUGCGUUGGUUGGGUAGAGGGGACGCUCGCAUUGACCUUACUGUGGCGGAUCGCGUCGCCGAACUCACAAACCUCGCCUUCUGUGACGUGGUCACUGUGCUACUGUACAGUGACAGGUCAUAAGUCUGUCACACCCGUUUACCACUGCUUGGGGUACACCCAUAGAUUUUCAGAAAUCUAGGCGUGACGUUAAGUUUCAAGUAGUGUAAAUUUGACUGGCU